ACCACCUUUCUUCAUAUUUCUCUCCCUAUAAAUCCCUUCAUUUCACCAUUUCCACUCUAUCUCCACAAACUCAAAAUGAAGCCACUUCUUGCAACAUUGCUUCUCAUCACUCUGGUUCUUGGCUCCUCAUCUUUUGUCCAAACCACUCUGGCUUUUUCAGGUUUUUGCAGCUCAAAGUGCAAAGGAAGGUGUGCAAAGGCUGGGGUUAUGGAUAGGUGUUUGAAGUACUGUGGGAUAUGCUGUGAAGAGUGCAAGUGUGUGCCUUCUGGGACUUUUGGGAACAAACAUGAGUGCCCUUGUUACAGGGACAAGAAGAACGCAAAGGGCAAGCCAAAAUGCCCUUAAAUUGAAGCAGAUCAGAGUUCUUGCUACUAAACCAUGGGGUUUACCAAUAAAUUUUAGGCUCUAGUUACUAAACCAGUGCACGGGAAUUAGGAAUAUAUUAACAAUUAAUGAAUGGGUUUCAGUGCUUAUGUCUUAUUUUAUGUUGUAAUAGGCUCCUAGUCUUCAGUGAUUGAAUAAUUUACUCAUUUUUAUUAUUUUCA